GGCUCGAGCUGCGCCUGAAAGGCAGUCUGGGACUUUUCGGCUUCCGUAGCUAAAACAUCUCGCACGCACAAAACAAGACUACACUACAUUUUUAAAUAGUUGUUCACGUUUGUUUCCUACAGGGGAUCAGAGGCGAACAUUUAUCGCAGUAGCGUUUCUCUUAACAUCCGGAAGCGCUGCAGCGGCGGAGCGCUUGAACGGUUUCUUAAUUUUUGUGUAGUAAAUUGACGUUGCAUGCAUCGCGUAUGUCUGCUUGUUUGCAUUCUGUCAAUGUGAAGGCUAGUGCACCCUGAGCCCGUACCCCGAAAGAGCGGCGUGAAAGCCUGACCCCGCUCGCAGAGCCGGUGUCAGCGCUGUACGCGAGGAAGCAGCGUUAACCAGUCUAGCUAGCCCGCGAUCGGCGACCGGCAGCAUCAUGGGCAUUAACUAAUGACACUCGGCGAGAAAAUGACCGCGAUCAAUGGGAACGGAAGCGUCCCCGCCGACAGACGUUGAGCAUUCGGCCGCACUGUAGCUAGGCUUGUCCCCGGUGCUAAAGUGCGGACUGCUGGCUACUGCGGUAUCGCCGGAGGAAAAAAGAGGAAAUCUGUAUAUCGAGAAGACCAUGACAGGAGUGACACGGAUCCGGUCCACUUCAGCAUGGCGGUGCUGUUUUACGAAGGUCUAUUAGUUUGAGCUAAUAAAAGCCGGAGGGGGAAUAAAUCAAGACGUGCUCACAGCCCGAAUGUAGCUGACCCGCACAACGCUAAUCCCGACGUCUGAUUCUGCAUAAACCUCUAGUAUAUUAAUCUGCGACAGGACAUGCACGGAAGAAAGAGGGCUAACUGCGCGGAUUUGUGUCAGAUUUGUAUGGCAAUGGGGGCCACCCCGAGUGCAAAUAAAGAGAAGUAAAUGCGCGUCGACUCUGCACUGCAAGCAUGAGCGUGAUCUCACACUGAAAUCCGUCCAAGGGCAUUUUCUUUAUUGUCUCUCUCGCUAAUUUGCACCCGGACUUUCGCACCCGUGCCGUGUUGUGUAUCACACAUUUUGCUGUGUAAAUAUUAGAGACGGAAAUAAGCAGAGGCGUCCAUACGCACCAUGUCAGGAGACAGCUCGGGAAGCAGCGGCGAGGACACCGGUGAGGAGGUCCGGGAGGAGAUGUGCACUAUUAAACAUCAGCUCACCAACGCUAACCUUACAGGACACACUGAGAAAGUAGGGAUGGAGAACUUUGAACUCCUGAAGGUGCUUGGAACCGGAGCAUAUGGGAAGGUGUUUCUGGUGAGGAAGAACAGCGGGCACGACAAAGGGAAGCUGUACGCCAUGAAGGUGUUGAAGAAGGCGGCCAUCAUCCAGAAGGCCAAGACGGCGGAGCACACGCGCACCGAGCGGCAGGUGUUGGAGCACAUUCGCCAGUCACCCUUCCUGGUGACGUUGCACUAUGCCUUCCAGACGCACGCCAAGCUGCACCUCAUCCUAGAUUAUGUCAGUGGUGGAGAGAUGUUCACCCACCUGUAUCAGCGGGACCACUUCUCGGAGGAUGAGGUGCGAAUCUACAUCGGGGAAAUCAUCUUGGCCCUAGAGCAUCUGCAUAAGCUUGGCAUCAUCUACAGAGACAUCAAACUGGAAAACAUUUUGCUGGACAGUGAGGGACAUGUGGUUCUCACUGACUUUGGCCUGAGCAAAGAGUUCCUGGGGGAGGAGAAGGAGCGCACAUACUCGUUCUGUGGAACCAUUGAGUACAUGGCCCCAGAGAUCAUCAGGGGGAAGACUGGGCACGGCAAGUCAGUGGACUGGUGGAGUUUGGGGAUACUUAUGUUUGAGUUCCUGACGGGGGCAUCGCCGUUCACCUUGGAGGGGGAGAAGAAUUCCCAGUCUGAGGUGUCCAGGCGGAUUCUGCACUGCGAACCCCCAUUCCCUCCGGAGAUCAGCCCCCUUGCCCGGGACCUCCUGCGCAAGCUGCUGGUGAAGGACCCCCGUAAGAGGCUGGGCUCCGGGCCCCGGGGGGCCGAAGAGAUCAAGGGACAUCCCUUUUUCAAGGGACUGAACUGGGCAGACCUGGCUGAGAAGAAGGUGGCCACGCCCUUCCGUCCCGAGCUGAGGAAUGAGCUCGACGUCGGCAACUUCGCCGAGGAAUUCACAGGCAUGGAGCCCAUCUACUCCCCAGCCAGCACCCCCCCGAGCACGGACAGGCUUUUCCAGGGAUACUCGUUCAUUGCUCCCUCUAUUCUGUUCAACCGCAACGCUGUGAUGGGGGACAUUCUGGAGGCACAGACGAGCCCCGACCGGCCCGGUUCUGCCAGCGUGGAACGUAGUGCUACAUUGAAGGACUCCCAGUUCUUUCAGCAGUACGAGCUCUGCCUGCAGGAGACGCCGUUGGGCGAAGGCAGCUUCUCUGUGUGCAGAAAAUGUCGACACAAGCAGACCGGGCAGGAGUACGCCGUUAAGAUAGUGAGCCGAAGGAUGGAGUCCAACACCCAGCGAGAGAUAGCAGCCCUGAGGCAGUGUGAGGACCACCCCAACAUCGUCAAGCUGUAUGACGUCUUCCAUGACCAGUACCACAUGUACUUGGUGAUGGAGCUGCUGCGGGGGGGUGAGCUGCUGGAGCGGAUUAAGAGGAAGAAGCUGUUUGGGGAGGGCGAGGCCAGCCAGCUGAUGCGGAGCCUGGUGUCGGCCGUCAGCUUCAUGCAUGACGCUGGAGUCGUCCACCGCGACCUGAAGCCUGAGAACGUGCUGUUCGCGGACGAGGGCGAGGAUGCGGUCCUGAAGCUCAUCGACUUUGGCUUCGCGCGCCUCUGCCCGGCCGGGAGCGCCCCCCUGCAGACCCCCUGCUUCACGCUGCAAUACGCCGCCCCUGAGCUCUUCCACAGCACCGGCUACGACCAGGCCUGCGACCUCUGGAGCCUCGGGGUCAUCCUGUACACCAUGCUGUCGGGGCAGGUGCCCUUCCAGAGCGAGCUGAAAAGGAUGCCGCUGUCGCACGUCGCCGACAUCAUGCGCAAAAUAAAGGAGGGGGACUUCUCACUGGAGGGGGAGGCCUGGAGGGGAGUGUCUGAGGAGGCCAAAGAGCUGGUCAGAGGCCUGCUGACUGUGGACCCUGAAAAGCGACUGAAGCUCUCUGCCUUGCGGGAGAAUGAGUGGCUGCAGGGCGGGGGGGCCCUCUCCUCCACACCCCUGCGCACCCCCGACGUGCUGGAAUCCAGCGGCCCUACCGUCCGCACCUACGUCAACGCCACCUUCAAGGCCUUCAAUAAGGGCAAGCGUGAGGGCUUCUUCUUGAAGAGUGUGGACAACGCUCCCCUGGCCAAGCGCCGCAAGAUGAAGAUGACCAGCACGGGCGUGGAGACACGACGCAGCUCCUCCUCAUCCUCCUCCUCCUCUUCGUCCUCCACUGCGGUUCCACAGGCCCCAACUGUGGGAACCAGCAAGACACGGGUGGCUCCCGGCUCAGAGCCCACGGCCCAAAGCUAGAAGUAGGAACCUGCUGACACUCCCCCCCCCCCCCAAGGCUGUUCCAGGAUCAGCUCACCCAACCCAACACAGCCACUUGAAAACCCAGCAGAGAGACAGAGGACUGCUGGAUUUUGGGGGGGGGGAAACUCCAGUUCAGCACUUCCCGGUCUGUCUGUCCCGUGCCCUCAGGGGUGACAAUCCCAGUGCCCACGGACAGUAUGGUUGUUUCAGAACCACAGAUCUUCAGGGCUGGGGGGAGUUUGUAUUCCACACAGUGGUAGAUGGCGAACAGGGUCACCUUGUUUAGUAGUAUCCCCCCCCCAGGAUGGGGCAGCCUUGCUUUCAGAACAAAUACAGCUUGACGGAUUUGGUUCUCCCUCCUAUAUCGCUCUUGGAUUUUAACCCCCAUACUUGCUCGUUUUGCUAUAAUCCCCCCCCCCCCAUCUCAUUUCACAGCCUCCAGUGCAGUCCUCAGCAGAGCAUGUUUCCACAUGGGACAUGUUUGUCUCAGAAUCGCCCGUCGUGGCUGCCCCCACUUUGAGUGCGCCUCCCCGAGGCCCAGUGGGGGUUUGGUCGGCAGAUGACGGGUCUCCUAGGAAGGAGAGUUCCUCCUGGACUUGCAUGGUGGUCUCUCUGCAGACUUGACACUCUCUUCCAACCAAGAAACCAAAAUUUACUGUAUGAGUAUUGCAAGCACAAGGGAAAAAAAGUAUUUUAGUCCUUACAAGUCGAGUAUUGAGAACAUGAAAAGUAUCCUUACGGCACUAAAGUUGUCUUUUUAAAUAUAGAUGGAUUUUUAUAUACAAAUUUGAUACAUUCUUUGUUUUUUUUUUUUCUUGCACCUCAUUUUGAGCCUAUGGAUGGCUGCGAACCGUCACUUUGAGCUGAUUGGAGUUCAGCUGUAGUGCUUAACUACUAAAGACCCCAAAGACCCAAGAAACCCAAGAACAAAAAAAGCAGAUGUGCCAGAAGAGCCGGGUCGUCCCAUCCUGUGGGUCAGGGUCCUGUAAGGGGUCAGGGUCCUGUAAGGGGUCAGGGUCCUGUAAGGGGUCAGGGAAAGACCAGUGCACUGAUACACCGAUGCAUUUGAAAAAGACUUCAUUCAUCUUUUGGUCUGAAAAACUGAUUUAUCCAUUCUUUAAAACUUGCAAUACAGCUUUAAUUAUUUAGAUUACUUUUUUUUUACUUUUUGAUUUUGUUUUUUACUUUUUUGUAUUUGUAUUGAUUACCCUACCUGUCGGAGUAGUGGGUUACCCACCUGCCAUUUCAGACAUGGUCGCUGAUCAUGUGACCUGCCCUUUAAGCAGGUGGUGUGGUGAACAUGGUGUCCAUCACUGUAGCCUUUGACACACAUUGCUCUCGCCACAAUGUACCACUGCCGUGGGAAGCCACCGGCUUGAUGUUUUCCUGUCAUGCUUUAUAUAAUUGUUGUUGGUUUAUACAUGUGCAAAAAUCCUGCUCCGACUGAAUGUAUCCAGUUUUGUUACAUUGCUUUUUUCAUUUGGUUGGAGUUACUGCUGUCAUCUUCAGCGAUUGUUUUUAAGUUGUUUUCAUUUUAAAUGGGCUUCUAAAUGUUUUAUAAUUUGCAGGAAAGGUAAACAAUGCUGAUUGUUUGCACAGCCAAAAAAAAAAAAAGUUUGUGAAAAUGACAUGAUGAUGGAUUGAACUGAUAAAGAUGUUAAUGCGAUUGUUAUUUUGCAUAAAGAUGUUUUAAAAUCUGAACUAUUAUGACAAGUUAAUUUUACCGAACUGAUGGUAUUUCUGUAUAAAGAAUUUUAACCAAAAAAGGGAAAAGAAAUUAAUAAACUUGGGAAUUUUUAUUUAAUAAA